AUGUUUGAUCUUGGGAGGUUUGAUCAGGCCAUUGGAUUCUGGGAAGAUCAGCUGAGAAAGGGAUGCCCACCUUAUGUAAUAACCUACACAAUUCUCAUUGAGCUAGUCUGCAAGCACUGUGGGAUUGUUCAGGCUAUAGAAGUAAUGCAAGAUUUGGCAGUUGAGGGCUGUUAUCCUGAUCUCGUGACCUACAACUCAAUGAUUAGUUUUACAUGUAAACAAGGAAACGUGGAAGACACAGUGUUGGUUAUAUAUGAUCUUCUAUCACAAGGAAUGGAGCCCAAUGCCGUAACAUACAACACUCUUCUCCAUUCUCUAUCUAGUAAUGGUUGUUGGGAUGGGGUGGAUGAGAUCUUUGCUUUUAUGAACAGAACUUCCCAUCCUCCUACAGUUGUCACUUACAACAUUUUGAUAAAUGGUUUGUGUAAAUAUGGGCUUUUAGAUCGUGCCAUUGAUUUCUUUGGUCAAAUGGUUUCCCAAAACUGUUCUCCAGACAUUAUCACUUAUAACACACUCUUACGUGCUCUUUGUAAAGAGGGAAUGACAGGUGAGGCCCUCCAAAUUCUUCUGUAUCUAGGUGGCACCAGCUGCUCGCCUAGUUUGAUUACUUUCAAUAUUGUAAUUGAUGGAUUGGCAAAGGAGGGUUACAUGGAGAAAGCAGUGGAAUUGUAUUGUCAUAUGAAAGAGCAUGGGAUUAUUCCCGAUGAUAUUACACACCGAUGCUUAAUUUGGGGGUUCUUCCGGGCAGAUCUAGUCGAGGAUGCUGUGGAAAUAUUGAAGGUGAUGACUAAGAGAAAGCACAGGAUUAAAAAUAGUGCUUACAGGUUCAUGAUCCAUUCAUUAUGUAAGAAAAACAAGAUAGAUAUUGCAAUCCAAGUCCUAGAAUUGAUGAUCUCAAGUCGUUACAGGCCUGAAGAGACUGUUUAUUCCACCAUAAUUAAAGGGGUAGCUUCGGCUGGCAUGACUGAAGAAGCUAUAGAACUACGCCAGAAAUUGAUUGAAUGGAAGGCUUUAAAAGAGCCAUUAUAG